AUUUGUGUGUAUGUGUCUGUGAUUUCAAAUUCAUUGUAGAUCACAGAUUGAAUUAGUUUAAAGCACACAAACUGACACAUUAGAUAGUGGCUCCUUAAUUAAGGUGAUGUAAGGUGAGGUGUAAGAGUAGUAAAUCAAAUGCUUCAUACUCCAUGAUCAGGUCACCGGGUGGUUCAUAGAGCUUAAUGUGCCUUAAUAGGAUUACCUGUCAGCUGGGACGCCCAGGCGGCAUCUCAGCUGCUGACACUAUUCACAGCAAGUACUGGGAACACACGGCUAUGUUUGUCAUUAUCGCUUGCUUGGAUGAGAAUUUGUGCAUUUAGUGUAUUUCAUUUCCAGACUAUUUAUGGGGUGAUGUGUUAAAAUUUAAAUGGUGUAGCGUCAAUCAGGUCUAAUGGGGCUGCUGGAUAAACUGUCGGGCUGGCUCGGCCUCAGGAAGAAAGAGGUCAACGUCUUGUGUAUCGGGUUGGACAACAGCGGCAAAACUACCAUCAUCAACCAACUCAAACCGUCUAAUCAUUCGAAUCAUUUAGGCCCAUUGUCAGAAGACUGGAAACAUGUUAGUCAGACACAGGCACAAGAAAUAGUCCCAACAAUUGGCUUCAACAUUGAAAAGUUCAAGAGUUCCAGCCUGUCUUUUACAGUCUUUGAUAUGUCUGGGCAAAGCAGAUAUAGAAACCUAUGGGAGCAUUACUACAAAGAAAGCCAUGCCAUCAUAUUUGUCAUUGACAGCGGUGACAAACUGAGAAUGGUUGUUGCCAAAGAGGAGCUGGAUACUCUUCUCAAUCACGAAGAUAUCCGCAGCAAAAAGAUGCCAGUAUUGUUCUUCGCUAACAAGACGGAUCUGCGGGACGCCAUGUCUUCUGUCAAGGUCUCACAGAUGUUGUCUUUGGAGAACAUCAAAGACAAACCCUGGAACAUCUGUGCCAGUAAUGCUAUCAAAGGAGAGGGCCUACAGGAAGGGCUGGACUGGCUACAAGAACAAAUUGCACAAUCAUAUCAAAACAAUGAACACAUGAAUCAUUGAAAUGCCUGCAACCACGGACACGAUGUGUACGUGGUAACUGGAUCUAAUUCACCACUUGGAGUAUUCGUCACACUUGACGUUGUAGGCCUUGAACUUCAAUGUCAAAUAGCCUCGUACUUCUUUGGAAAAACUAAAUCCUGCUGAUAUUAUAAUUGGUAUAUGACAAUAAAGUGAUUACUUAAAGCUCCCACUAAUAGUUAGUUACCUAUGUUACACAUCAUUACUGACACAAAUGUGAAUGCAGUCUGAACAACAUACUGUAAACUGUUGUUUCUGUAUACAGUAACAUUUACAACAUUUUUAUUUUUUAUUCCAUGACACAUCAUUUACUUAAACACAUUUCAUCAACUGAACUUUUUUUUGAAAAUGCUGUAAGUGCUGAAUAUUGUACUACCUGGAGGAUAAUAAAAACGUGUUAUUUGCUGAGUG